UAAUUAUUAAUAUUAAAGAGAAUUACUAUUUAAUUUAUAAUUUUUACAUUCACUCAUUUAUUUUUAUGAUUUAAUUUGUCAAUAAAAUAAUUUAUUUAUCCAAUUUUUUUUGAACAUAUUAUGCGUGCUUCACUGUACUCCACAAAUUUACUACACAGCCUUGAAUGCGUUUCCCAAUUCCGUCACUGCAUUGACACUUUCCUCGCCGGCUUCGUUUUCUCUCACUAAAACUCGUUUCUUUUUUUUUUCUUGAGCUCAGUGAGUCAGCAAAGAUGAUGCACAUGACCUUUUACUGGAGCCGGGAGGUGACUCUUCUGGUGGACUCCUGGCGCACCAAGACAUGGCUGGCUUACGCCUUGACUCUUCUCGUUUGCCUAGUCGCCUCCGCCUUAUACCAAUUCCUAGAGAACCUCCGCAUCCACAUGCGCUUCAAAGUCAUCGCCAGAACCGACGGUUCAGCGGCAGAAGAGCCUUUGCUUCGAUCCAAGAAGAGUAAAGGGAAAUGGUCGGCGGCGAGGGUAGCCGGAGCAGUGCUUUUCGGAGUGAACUCGGCGAUCGGGUACAUGCUGAUGCUUGCUGUGAUGUCGUUUAACGCAGGGGUGUUUGUGGCGAUCGUAUUGGGGCUGGCUAUUGGGUAUUUGUUGUUUAGGAGUGAAGAUGAGAAUUUGACUCUUUCUGAUAGCCCUUGUGCCUGUGCCUAGACACACAGAGACAAGACAACUGAACAAAGUAUGUAUUUGUGUAUGUACUUUUCUCUGUUGGGUUAUGGUUGUAUGUUUCUUUUCCCUGUAAAAAUCUCAUCUUUGUCUCGUGCAAUUUGGGAACCGAGCUGAAGAAACAAUUAGGUUCUUUGUCUUAA